AUGAAAGAUCGUGGUUCCCUGAAUUCUAUCUCGUCUUUCAGCACAAGUUUUGUGUUUAGCAUUGUUGCUUCUUCAACUUCACACAGAGGUUUUGGUAUGGCGUAUUUAAUGACGCCCCACAAGUCCCUAGAGGGAUUUUCAUCCAAUCAGUACCUUGGCUUGAUUAGAAACUUAUCAAGUAUGGGAAAGGCCUCUAAUCAUCUAUUUGCCGUCGAGUUCUUAACUUUAAAGAACUUGGAAUUUUACGACAUCGAUGACAAUCACGUUGGUGUGGAUCUCAACGAUCUCAGGGUCACCAUUGCAGAAGCUGGUUCUCAACGCCCAGAAACGCUACUGAUAUUUAUGAAAAAUACGUCUCUGCCUAAAAUUGUAGAAGAAUAA